AUGAAUAAACACCUAAAAACUCCAAAGCGUUGUGGUGCCCCAUAUAUUGUCACAAAUACUCAGGAGGAGAGGGUAAGAGUAAGAAUGUUACCUCUUACGGUUGCAGGAAAAAAUGGUAACGAUUUUCAAAUAAUAUUUGCUCAUCAUAUCUUCUUAUCAUCUAAUACAGGUAUCAUCCAGGCUCCGCAGAUUUCUUCUCCCCAGGUUUCGGUGACAGCCUACUUCAAUGUCAGUUUAAAGUGCUUAGCGUUUGUUAGGCCAAGCGACUGUUGGGACAAUUCUUUACGGUGGUAUUUUAACAACCGCUCAGGGGAAUUAAAAUCUGGUGAAAAGUAUGAUAUACAAGAAAGUAAAACCAACACCAGAUGCAAAACAGAUUUCAUUCUCACCAUUAUUAACGUUACUGAAGCAGACGAGGGAAAGUAUAAAUGUCAGUGGCUCUGCGACGAGGACUUCCUCAGCUUUUCCAGGUCUUCAAUUAUCCAGUUGAUAGUAUUUCCUCCUCCUCCAGAAGAAGAAGAAGGUACUGAUACUCCUGUGAUAUCUAAAGGUCUUGUGUCUUGUGUACGGUACUUAAGUAAAUGUGUAACUUGUGUGGCAAAUGUGUAAUUUUGGCGAUCCCAACUUAGUAACUUUCUAUUUUUACGAUUUAACCCAUUUUUUAGAUUGAAUGAAGAACACUUUACUUUUCAUCUGCAGUACAAACAUUCUGGUACCUUCGCUAACCAUAAAUAUGGAGAACUGUCUUACUUCCAAAACUCCGACAAUGAGCGACCCCAUUAUAGUCUAUCCAGUCGUGAAAAUGGGACUUUAUCCAGCGGCUCAUCCCCAUUAGCCUCUUAUAGGGAAGUACCCCCCCCCCUCUCUCCCACCCGACCUCGGGCUCUAAACAGUAACACAGCAAAUGCAAAAGGAGUCAAAGAAUCGAAUCCGAAGAAUAACUCGCAAUUAUAUAAUAGUAAUUUUAUUCGAUUUAAAAUUAAAUUGUACAAAUAUGUUCUAUUUAAUAGGUUUAAUCAAAUAAUUGAUACAUGAAACUAGAAAAAGCGGAAUAAAUUCCGAUCAAAGCUAAACGUUGAUACAAGCAAAAUCACGUGUUCUUGAAACAAACUCAAUUUAAGCUACUUUGACUCUGUUUAAAAGGUAACGAAAGGAAGACUAAACUAACAAAACAAAGGUAACAUGAAGUUCACUUACUCAUCUGUGGCGAGUUUUCAAAAACGUCCUUGAAUAGCUGGUAAACUGUUAACACUUUGAUCCUUGUAGUACGGCGGUCGGUAAAAAGCUUAUAAAAACUCGAACAAAGCGAGUACUUUCCUACUUUUGCCAGCAAGAUGAAAUAUAAAAAUUCCUUCAAUAGUAAUCUAUUCCCAGUGGACGCUCGCAUAACAAAGGCCUGGGACUCAAGAGAUGAGUUACGGGACAUGCGAGUCUGUAGGCGAGAAGGCGAUAGGACUAGACCAAGAUAAGAGAAAAAAUCGGGGGGGAGGGAGGGUUAAACAAACGAACCCCAAAGCAAAAAGGGUGAAGACCCCCCCACCCCCACCCCACAAAGGGGCUUCGACGGGCGCAUGAAUCCAAUCCUUCCGCCCUUGCAGCCAAACUGGACAAAUUUGCUUACACACGUGUUUAUUUAUAUAGAGAAAGCCACUCCCGAGGGAGAAACGCACACACACUCCUGAAAGAGAUCUCUCGCUACUAAUUCGUCAGAAUUAAGGCCAGUGUUACACGAGCGAGCACUGGGAAUAGUUCUUUUACUACGUUAACACUGAGGAUUUAGAAAACUCAAAUAUCCUACUGAUACUAUUUUUUGCCCGUAAGUUUUCAUAUAAUGUUUGGGGAACAAAUGUGUUUGACAUGAAGCAGCGAUUUUGUCAUUUGCAAGUGAUUUCUUAACUUACGCUGAGUUCCAUUGAGAACAAGGACAUAUUUGGCAAUAUUAUCAAAAUGAACCAGCAAACCAUGACGUCAUAACCCAUUUGUUCCGGUGAGAGGGUACUCCCUUUGUGAGCGAAUUGUUUAAAACCAUUUGGGUCUGAAUCAGGCAAAGGUUUUGCGCCGUUUGGAUACAGGGUCUGAAAUUACAUGUUCGUGCAUGAGUUUUUGAUAUUUUUGUUGUUGCUAUUGUUUUAAAUCAUCCGCCUUCAGGUCUGUGAAUAGGCUAAGAAAAGUCGUACUCUACCGAAACAGGUGGACAGCGAAUUCCAUAAAUAAGUGCACUUGAAAUUUCCUUUUAAACGGAUAGGGCAAUUGGAGGGUAAAGUCUACUUCUGUUUUUGAAAUAAUUAUAGUGUAAAUUAUAGCUGAAAUUUCUACUCGUGCGGCUAUUUAUUUCUAGGUGCCAGACAGUAACUCCGACUCUUAACACACUCCUUUAUCUGCAUAAUCGUCUCACAUGAUAAAAUAGUCGAAUCAGAAUCCAGCGUCUGGGUUGAGUAAUCAGUAUUAGGUUCCAGACCUCUUAUAUUUUAGGGCAGGUUUUGCACGUGCGCAGUUGCAUUAAAAGAAUGACUGGCAAAUGGUUCUUUUUGCGUUGUUGUUUAAGACCAGAAUAUUACAAUCUUGGCUACGAGAGUGGCGCUUGUAGGUCGAGUUGGAGAGUAUGUGGACAGCAAAGGAGAUAUUGCAAGUUAUAUCGAAAGAGUAGAAUUGUAUUUUGCGGCGAAUUAUGUCAAGGCGGAUUACAAAGUUGCUACGUUUAUAGCGUUUAUCGGAUCAGAUGCAUAUGGCGUGUUGCGAAAUUUGUUAGCCCCUGAACGUCCAAUAUAUGUCUUUUGUGCAAUAGUAUGAAAAGCUGACUGAACGAUUUGGAAACCCAGCUCUAAUUUCAAAGUCACUGAUCAAUAAGUUCCUGGAGAUAUCAGCAGAUCACGAUGAAAACAAUUUGACAACUCGUGCAACAUUGUGAGAACAUUCAUGGAGCAAGCUUUAGACCAGCAACUAAUAUGUAGCAGAUUGUUACAAAGCUAUCUCCAAAAAUUGCAGUAAUUUGAAUCAGGCAAAAGUUAAAGCUACAGCCCAAAUAAGUUGACCUUAGCGACCUAGAUGAGUGGCUGAAACCGAGAGUAACGUCAAAGUGAUAGCCUUUGGUUGUUCCAGUAAUAUAGAGAAUCCUGAACAAGAGAAACCCAAGUCAAAUUCAAAUAAAUCGAAGUGGUUCAGGAGGAAGAACAUGCGAAGACUCACUCAUGUAAUGUUUUGUGAGCUACGAAAACCAUGUACUGACAUUGUAUGAAACCUGGAAGAAUCAAAUGCAAGUGAACGAUGGUGAUUAUAAGAGAAGAUGGGUUUGUGCUUUAGAUGCCACAGUAGAGGACAUCGUCGGCUGAGGCAUUCCAAUCCUCGCAAGAAGCCACAGGAGAGACGUCAUUAA